AUGUCUGCAAGACGGCCCUCCCCGCCCCCGCAUCCCCGGCCCGGCGACCGUGUGGAUGAACAUAGCAAAGAGCUACAGCUUCUUCACUUUGUCUACGGGCAACCAAACUUGGAUGACAUUCGAGGACAUCCGCAGAAGGUGCUUGAUCUCAUCGACGAAUUCGAAAGCAGUGGUCACCGCAUGAUGACAGUGGGAUUAGAAAAGGGGAAGAUCGUGACGGACGUGAUCGACGAAGUCAAGCCCAAGACUAUGAUCGAGCUGGGUUGCUACGUGGGCUACUCUGCCAUCCUCUUUGGCGAUGCCGUCCGUCGCAACGGUGGCGAGCGCUACCUGAGUCUCGAAUUGAAUCCCGAAUGGGCCGCUGUGGCCAACAUGCUCAUUGAGCUGGCGGGCUUGCGUGACUUUGUGCGCAUCAUUGUCGGCCGCAGCGACUUGUCCCUCGACAAGCUGUUCAAGAGCGGCGACGUCAAGAAGAUCGAGCUUCUCUUUAUCGACCACUAUAAGCCCGCCUACUUAACGGACGUGAAACUGUGCGAGCACCAUGGAAUGAUUGCACCUGGCUCCGUGUUGGCUGCCGACAAUGUACUUUACCCUGGUAACCCGCCAUACUUGGAAUAUGUUCGCAGCACGGUUGAGCAGAAACGCGAGCUGGCAAAGAAGGGCCCGGCCAAGGGAUACAACUUUGAAGGCAUACGGGAUCGCGCUGUGAAGUCCUUCAUGCCCGAGGGCGAUGCGCCGUUCUUCGAGACAGUGGGGAACCCCAAUCUCGUAUACGAGAGUACAUUGCAACAACCUGAGGGACACCGAGAUGCCAUUGAGGUGACGCGAUGCGUGGGAGUGCAGGAAGCAUAG